CACUCAUUGCAAACGAAAAUUUAUUGGAAUAACUUAUCGAAUAGCUACGAACCUAACGCUUUACAACACUAUUCGUCAAAAGAAGAAGCACGAAACGAAUGUAAACAGCUGGCCUGUGCGCACAUGUGCCUUCAAAACCAGGAUACGAAGCCACCAUUAUGUACCACCUGGGACAGGAUCUACCCGGCAACGAUGUGGACGACAUCGAGGAUCUAAUAUCUGCCGACGAUGUCAAGCCCCGGGAACGCUAUGAAAAGAAGAACGUCACAGUGCGUGCCAAACGGCGGGCGCAAAUCCGGCCGGAGGAGGAAAAGGAGGACAAACCAAAGCCCACUAUCCACGAAAGUGUGAUACCUGCCCAAAAGGUCUUUGUGAAGACAUGGGGCUGCGCUCACAACAACUCGGACUCGGAGUACAUGGCUGGGCAGUUGGCUGCCUACGGUUACAAAUUGAGCGGCAAGGAGGAGGCAGAUCUGUGGCUGCUCAACAGCUGCACAGUUAAGAAUCCAUCAGAGGACACGUUUAGAAAUGAGAUCGAGUCGGGCAUGCGCAACGGCAAGCAUGUCGUGGUCGCCGGCUGCGUUCCACAGGGUGCUCCAAAGUCGGAUUACCUUAGCGGGCUCUCUGUGAUUGGUGUUCAGCUCGAUCGCGUGGUGGAGGUGGUCGAGGAGACGCAAGGGCAUAGUGUUCAGCUGCUGCAGAAAAAGAAGGUGCACGGCCGUCGCGUAGCUGGCCCUCUCUCGCUGCCCAAGGUUCGCAAGAAUCCAUUGAUCGAGAUCAUAUCCAUCAAUUCGGGCUGUCUGAAUCAGUGUACAUACUGCAAGACGAAGCACGCUCGCGGCGAUCUAGCCAGCUAUCCACCGGAAGAGGUAGUGGAGCGUGCCCGUCAAUCCUUUGCCGAGGGCUGUUGUGAAAUCUGGCUAACAUCGGAGGAUACUGGCGCCUAUGGUCGUGAUAUAGGCAGUUCCCUGCCGGAAUUAUUGUGGCAGUUGGUAGAGGUAAUUCCCGAACAUUGUAUGCUACGUGUGGGCAUGACCAAUCCGCCCUAUCUAGAGCACCUCGAAGAGGUGGCCAAGGUGCUGCAGCACCCGAGAGUCUACGCAUUUUUGCAUGUUCCCGUGCAGAGUGGCAGUGAUUCGGUGCUGGGUGAGAUGAAGCGGGAGUACUGUCGCCAGGAGUUCGAGCACGUCGUGGAUUUUCUGAGGGAACGUGUUCCUGGCGUUACCAUAGCUACGGACAUCAUCUGCGGAUUUCCCACCGAAACCGAGGAGGACUUUGAGGAGACGAUGAGCCUGUGCGCCAAGUACCACUUCCCCAGUCUUUUUAUCAACCAGUUCUUUCCUCGCCCCGGCACACCAGCUGCCAAGAUGGAGCGCAUUCCCGCGAAUCUGGUGAAGAAGCGAACCAAGCGCCUCACGGAUCUCUUCUACACAUACAACCCAUAUGCUAAUCGGGUGGGAGAGAUAUAUACAGUGCUGGUGACGGAAGUUUCCCACGACAAGCUUCACUAUGUGGGACACAAUAAGAGCUACGAACAGGUGUUGCUGCCAAUGCGGGAAAAUCUCCUGGGUACUCGUGUCCAUGUCCGCAUCACCAGCGUCAGCAAGUUCAGUAUGGUGGGCGAGAUUCUCGACGACGAACAAGAUUGGACGAGAUGUGCGAACAAGCAGGAGGACGCGACGCCAGUAGUACGGGCCCAAGCGAGGAGCAGAGAUCAGCUGAUACAGCGAUAUGUGGGCAUUGCCCUAGUGGUUGGCAGCAUUGCAUUUCUCGUCCAGAUGUUCGUGCGCUUCAUAUAGUUAGUCAAAUAAAACACUAUCUUGUUCCGAA